UAACGUUCAACCUAACUUUUAAACAGUUACAACUCUGCACUAGUCUUGGAUCCACCAAACCGAAAUGAUUCGUUUGGUUCUAGUUUCUUCUUUCAUUUUCAUCUUGGGGUUCUACGAAGCCAAAGGUGCGCCGAACGACCUUCCACUCAACAAUGGUGAGACCAGUACUCCCUAUCAAUUAAUUGAAGAAAAGAGGGCAGAGGUAGCUGCUUACGGGAGAGUCGUUGAAGGGAAAGACAAUUUAUCUCUUCCAGGAUUGGCAGUGGCAGCGGUGACGGCGACAGUGCUUUGGGUGGGUGACAGCUUGAUGACUAGAUUUUACAUUAAUAGGGCACUCACAGCAGCAGCAAAACAAUCAACAAAAGGAAAGGGUGGUAAUUGAAUGGUACAUCGGUCACAUGUGAAAAAUCAGCAGAUGAAUUGAAUAGUGUCUAUGUGAAAACCUAUGGCAUUAAACUAAACUGUGUUUAACAAAUUGAA